AAGCAAAAAUAGCAUUCAAUCUACUUUUUGACAGCAGGUGGCAGUAGGCGCAGCAGUCAGGCAGUCAAAAGCAGAGAGAAGAAGAACAAAGCAAAUCUAGUGGUACCUGCAGUAUUCAGCUUGAGCUUUGAAUGAAUUGGAUCUUAUUGAUGUAGCACCUGACCCAUUUGUCUUGUAUACUGACCAGUGGAAAUCUUCUGUUGCUGAUGUUGGUGUAGCGUUGCCAAGCUCGUCCACCAGCAUGUCUGUUUCAGUUAUUAUCAAGUGGGGUGGGCAGGAGUACUCCAUUAGCACACUGUCUGAGGAGGACACCGUCUUGGAUCUGAAACAGUCCAUUAAAUCACUCACAGGAGUUCUUCCAGAACGACAGAAGCUCCUGGGGUUGAAAGUGAAAGGUAAACCAGCAGAUGACGAUGUCAAACUGGGUGACUUGAAGUUGAAGCCCAAUACCAAAAUUAUGAUGAUGGGCACCAGAGAGGAAAGUUUGGAAGAUGUCUUGGCGCCUCCACCAGAAAAUGAUGAUGUGGUCAAUGACUUUGACAUUGAAGAGGAAGUGACUGAGGUUGAAAACAGAGAGGAGAAUUUGGCCAAGAUAGCUCGUCGGGUGAAAGAUUAUAAAGUUGAUGAGUUGAAUCCCCCAAGACAAGGAAAAAGAUUGCUCGUUCUAGAUAUUGACUAUACGCUUUUUGAUCAUAAGUCAUGUGCAGAGACAGGUCAGGAGCUGAUGAGACCAUACUUACAUGAGUUUCUUACAUCAGCGUAUGAGGACUAUGAUAUUGUCAUCUGGUCUGCAACAAGUAUGAAGUGGAUUGAUGCUAAAAUGAAAGAACUGGGGGUGACGGACAACCCAAACUACAAGAUCACCUUCAUGUUGGACAGUGCAGCUAUGAUCACUGUGCACACACCUAAAAGAGGAGUCGUAGAGGUGAAGCCUUUGGGAGUCAUAUGGGGUAAAUAUAGUGAGUUCUACGACAGGAAGAACACAAUUAUGUUUGAUGACAUCGGAAGAAACUUCCUCAUGAAUCCACAGAAUGGACUGAAGAUCAGACCGUUCAUGAAGGCACACUUAAACCGUGAGAAAGACAAAGAGCUCUACAAGCUGUCUCUGUAUCUGAAGGAAAUCGCUAAACUGGACGACUUCUCAGGUCUCAACCACAAGCACUGGGAAAGGUACCUCUCAAAGAGGCAGAAUCAAUGACCUCUUCAGCACUGAGGAGAAGCUGAGCCUAGAAAGGUUUGGUGCUGGAAACCCCGUCCUCCCCAAACAACUGCUGCUCCACAGAUCAGCUUCUCUGUAUCUCGCGUCGUUCAUCUUACAUCUCUUUAUAGUCGGUCAUUACUGGAGGACAAAAAAAGAUUCUAGCACUUGUCCUACUCAAAACACUAUUUACCUCAACAGGUCAAUGAAAAGCAUUCAACAACUAAUAGCAUCGACUGCAUUUAAAGCAAGCAUGACGGUCCUCUUACCUCACUUCCUGCCUGACACACUCUUCUUCCUAUAAUUAACUUUUUUUUCUCUUGGUGGUAAUAUGGAAAUUUGGACAUUCUGUUAAUAUCUGAUUGAAAGAGGAUAUGAUGCAAAUGUAAUUGUUUUCUGCAAAAUUGUAGUCCAUGGAAAGAUUGAAAUGUUUACAAGAAGGUGUAAACACUGGCCAUGUCUUAAAAGAAGCAAUAGUUCAGGGCUGGCUGUGUAAUUCUUUGUCUGAAUGGCUUUAAAUUCCAAAGAGAUGUUAUUUCAAGCAGCACAAAAGAGGUUUAGAGAUGAACAUGCAUUUGCAGCUUCAUCAGCAGAUAAAAACAAUUCUCCAAAUGAACAGUGAUGAACGUUUGUCGUGUUUACAUGCAUGUUUUUGUUUUUUUAAAUACAAAUGUGAUGUAUGUUUUAUGUUCACUAAAGCAGUCACAUGAUAGGGAGAAAAAGAGGUCAUAUCAAACUAGCCUAGACAGACUUUUUUUUCUUUUUUCUUUUUUUUUCCUCCAUCUACCAAGUCAUAACAUUGAAGCUUGUUGGUAUUUCCCCCCCUCCCAUUUUAAACACAAAGUAUGUGUUUAGUUAAGUCAUCAAGUUCGGUAGAUAUUAACUUAUGUAAACAGUAUUGCAUUUUGUGCAUUUCAGCCGGUACUCAAAUGUGGGCAUUGGAUUUAUGUUUGUAGCCUAAAUGUAAAAUAAACUAAAAUGGUUUUACAGUA